CUGACAGGGAACAGCGGCAUUGUCGGGCUUCCUCCUCGGCCUCGCACACAGGCAUGGAAAAUCGCCUCUAAUUAUCCUUUCGAAGGGCUUCUCGGUGUAAUAUGUAGAUCAUGGUGAGUUAUCAGGAAUAUGGUCAUGUGCAUUGAUUGAUGUCUGCCUCGCCUGCUGGUGCCACCGGGUCUGACUCUGUCCCCGUGUCUCCCUCAAACCCCCCCACCACCACUAGUCCCCCCUCGUCAGCGACCUUGACCGCAGCGUCUGCUGGGUCAGCCCUCUCUCCCUCAAGCACUGCCACCAGUUCCCAGCAGUCGGCCCCGGUAGAGCCCCCCGUUGUGCGUGAGGUCAGGCCACACAACCCCAAAAUGUCAAAGGCACUCAGCACCAGUGCUAAGAGGAUACAAAAGGAACUCGCAGAAAUAACACUAGACCCCCCACCCAACUGCAGCGCUGGGCCUAAGGGAGACAAUCUGUAUGAAUGGGUGUCGACUAUCCUGGGUCCACCUGGGUCCGUGUAUGAGGGUGGCGUCUUCUUUCUAGAUAUCCAUUUCUCGGCAGAAUACCCAUUCAAACCACCUAAGGUCACGUUUCGUACACGAAUUUAUCACUGCAACAUCAACUCCCAAGGAGUGAUAUGUUUAGAUAUUCUUAAGGAUAACUGGUCUCCAGCCCUCACUAUCUCCAAGGUUCUGCUGUCCAUCUGCUCUCUUCUUACAGAUUGCAAUCCAGCUGAUCCCCUCGUAGGAAGCAUUGCCACACAGUACCUCCAAAACAGGGAAGAACAUGAUAGAAUUGCACGGCUCUGGACCAAGCGUUAUGCUACGUGAUCACUUCCCGGUAGCUGUGAACAGGGUAUUAGGCAUCUCUUUCACCAUGCCAAUUUGGGUUUAAUCAUUUUAUAUAAGUAAUUUCCACUCGGCCCCUUGAUUUCUAUAGUAUUUCAGCUUCUGAAAGAAAAAAAAAGAUAUAAAAAUAAUAAAACAAAACAAAUUAAAAAAUCUUACAAAAAAAUUUAAAUAUAAAAAAUGAAAAGAACACGAAAAGAAAAGACAAAAGGAUAAAGAUACUGGUGUAAUGGCAUAGAAAGUGAAAUGGCCAUGCUCAUGAAUUUGUGAAUGAAAAAGGAUUCCCAAUUGUCAAGAAUAUAAACAAUAUAUUUUGGCCUCAUAUUGCCCUAAAUGUGAAUAUCUAGUGUUCCUCCUCCAGUGAUAAGUAAUUAAUUAUCAUUAUUAUGUCUUAAAAGAUAAAACUUUUUGUUUUUAUAAAUACUGAAAAAUGUGAUGGCUGUGUUAUAGAGUGGGCAUAAUCACAUUAUUUAUUAAUUUCCUGUUUGACGUGAACAUUUGAAAAUUUAGCCUAAUUGAUCACAAUACUUUGUGUAAAUGAAAAUUAAUAUAUUUGAUUUUACCCUUCAUUAUCCUCCAUGGAUAACUCAUAAACUCAAAGCAGCACACAGCAAACAUGCAUGCUGUUGCCUGAUUGUGCGGAUCAGCAUUUCAUUAAAAUCACCAGAGAUGGUCAUCAGUCAAAUUUCAUUAGAGCAGAAUAUUUUUUUUUAUGUGGAUAAAAGGAGGAAAAUGCUUAAUAAAUUUUUUUUGUGGUUGUAAGUGGAGAAGCAGAAUAGAUUGUAGUCUUUAUUAUUGAUACUUAGAAAGUAGUCCUUUUCAUGUGUAGUUUGGUAGCAUGUAAAAAGAAAUUAUUUAACGUUUUUGAGGAAGUGCAGUUGUGAUUAUGGUUAAGAAUUUCUAUACAUUUUUUUCUGUUCGUACCGGUGAGAUGUUUACUCGAGCAAUGUGGUUUGCUUCAUAUUUUUCAUUUGUUAUUGUGGAGAAGAAAUUGAAGAUUGUUUGCUCUUUGUUUAAUUUUUUUUUCUUUACAGACUGCAAAGAGAGUAAAACCAUGAUACAAGAAACUGAAUGCUUGGCAAAUCAAGGCAUGAGUGUUAUUGUUUUUUCCAAUAGGUAAACCUAUUUAUCAUAUAAUGAGAAUUUAGCUUGAGGUAGGAAGCUUUUUUGAAAUAGAGUUAUUUUAGGCAUGAUGGAAGAGAUUGUGAUCAUACUUCAUUACCUCAUUUUCCAUGCUGUGUAAAGCACAUUAUUGUUUUGGUUUCCAGUGUCAUAAAGAUACUGAUUACUGAAUAAUUUCGGUUUUAUCAUGUUUUCUGUUCUUUGUUUUUCAUGACAGUAUUUUCAAGAAUUUAUCAUCAGUAUAAUUUGGCACAAAUUACAUUAGUGACAGUGCACCUUUUCCAUCUGAACUUUCCAUAAACUUGCCUGUCAUAGAUAGCUUACAGUCUGUCUAUAGUAACAGUGCUACUAGUCUUCAUGCAAUCUUAUCUACUCAGUGUAGCAGUCUUGUGAACAAGCAAGUGCUGUUUGUACCAUGGUAUUGUGAAUGGUCAAGUGCUGUUUGUACCAUGUCUUUUGAACAAAUUGAUUUUGUUUAUACCAUGGUUGUGCAGAAAAGCAAGUACUGUAUGUACCAUGGAUUUGUGAUGAACAAGUGCUGUUUGUACUAAGGUAUUUUGAAGAAGCUAAUUUCUCACAUUACUAUGAUUAUGUGAACUAGCAAGCACUGAUUCAGUCUUGCGAGUGAGCUGGUGUUGUGUUUAUAGCACAAUUAAUCUACCAAGAGUGUUAGUGCUGCAGCCUUGUCAACCCAGUGUGGUUUGUACUACAGUCUCGCAUGUAAGCAAGAACUGUCUUUGUACCUAGAAUGUUGUGAGGUGGGGAAAAUAUUCUCAAGGGCCUUUUGCCAGCAUAUACAAUAGUCAUUGUGUGACGUUUUCCAGUAUCACUGUAAGGGUUAUUAUUGUAUACUAAUUUAGAUCAGUUGCAUUGUUGUUAAAUUGUGCCACGUUUGAUUCAUCAUGCGAUAGUUGUCAUAUAUCAUUUUUCAUAAAGGAGGCAUUUACUGUAUCCUUGUUUGCAAUGUAUAUUUUUGGUUCAAUUGAUUACACAGGAAACUGAAUUUGUCCAUUUGGAGCAUCACUAGGCACAGAUAAAUGAUGCCUAACAUUAUUGUUCAGUCAUUAUUUCCAUCUCUGAUUAUAUUUCCAUAUGGAUUUAUCCUUUAUAUUUGGCCUCCUCACAUAAUGUCAUUAAUUUUUCUUGGGCUGUGAGUUAGCAAUGUCGAGAAUUAAUGAGAUGGAGAGAUUCACGAUUUCUUCCCAUUUUCUCUAGAUUUUAAGUUGCUCAGUGAUGUAACC